CCUCCUUCCAGACUGCGCCUUACUCCGCAAGCUCGGCCACCCAUGCACCCCUCGCCGGCGGCCCCAGAGCAGCAAGAGCCUCGGCCCCAAAUCCCCAGUCCCGACCACCCGGUCCUCCAGAAGACAAUACUCCAAUUCUCUGGGAAGUGGGAGAAACCAAGGCAAAGCGAGGGGGGCGCCGAGACCCCACCUGGGGCUCUGAAAGCUUCCCAUUGUCGAGUCAUCGCCCAAGUAUUCAGAGACUUUUCCGCAAACCUCUUGUGCACCCAGGACCCUUCCCUGCUAUGGUGGGUGGGGGGGUCUCCGCUCCCAGCCUCAAGUAGUAGGCAAACUGUGUUCCCCCCACACACAAGGGGAAGAGUUGGAGGGGCCCGCCCCGUGAUGUCACCCCCGCCCUGUCCCCUUCCUCCACCCCCACCCCCCCAAGCUGGUUGCUUUUAGUUCACGGGGCUUGGGCUACGACUUGCAAGAGUUUAGGGGGCAACGAACUGAGUGGCCUUGCGGGUACGGACGCCCGACAGCCGCCCGGACACCUAGGACCUCCGGGCAGGGAUGCAGCUGGGGGUCUAGGGAAGCACUUCUACCCCCUUCCUCUCCUCAGCCUGGCAGGGUGGUUUCCCAAGCCCCUCAAGACAUUCAUGGAUGGAUGAGAGAAGCAGACAUUGACCUCCCCCUCUGUGACCACCUUCUCUUCCUGCCAUGGAGGAAGCUUUGCUGCCCCUGGCCAUGACCUCUGACCCCAGGCCCUUUAAUCAACAACUCCCAGAGCCUCCAGACCCAAGAUGUGUCUUGGAACCCCAGGACAAUCCUGAACUGGCACCUGCCCUGGUGUGUGCUCUUUGCUGCUGCUUUGGAAUCAUCUACUGCUGCUUCGGCUACCGCUGCUUCAAGGCAGUGAUGUUUCUCUCCGGCCUGCUAUCAGGAGCUCUGGUGAUCUUUCUGCUAUGCCACAAGGAGCGAGUGCUAGAGACACAGCUGAGCCUGGAGGUGAGCGCGGGCAUUGCGCUGGGCAUCGGACUCCUCUGCGGCCUGGUCACCAUGCUGGUUCGCAGUGUUGGGCUCUUCCUGACUGGUCUCCUGCUAGGCCUAACCCUGGGUGCCGGGGCCCUGCUGGGCACCGAACCCAUCUACCAGCCACCUUCAGCCUGGGUACCGGCUGGGGGGCUAGUGGGGCUGGCACUGCUGGGAGCCCUGCUCACGCUGCGGUGGCCACGUCCAUUCACCAUUCUGGGCACAGCCCUGCUGGGUGCUGCGGUGCUGGUGGCCUGUGCUGACUAUUUCCUGGAAGGGCUGGCACUGGGCAGUCGGCUGGGCCAACGCUUGCAGGCACUUCCGGCCUUGCCUCCUCUCUGCUGGUAUAGCUGGGUCUUGCUGGGGACUUGGCCGGCCCUGGGGGCCCUUGGGGCCCUGGCCCAGUGGAAGCUCAUGGAUGAGGAACAUGGAGGCCACGCCAAUGUCUGUAUCGCCCCCUCCCAAGCAGUGGUCUUGAGCCACCAGCGAAGGCAUCUCCAACUUCUUCGGAUCCGUCAGCAAGAGGCCAAGUGGCACCGGACCUCCCAUGGGGUGGGGCUCUGUGAGGGCAGCUACCGGAGGCAGCUCCCCACCAACGCCCGGAGUCCUGCUGACAGUCUGGCUCCAAGUUAUCUCCAGAGCCUUCGAGAUCGCCAACUGGGACCAGGCUGCCAGGCCACAGCCCCCCACACCAUCCUGGACCUGGAUUCCGACUAUGGUUCCACUAUACCCCUCACCACACCUUCUGGUUCCACCCAGACCUGACCCUAAACCUCCACUGAUACCCCCAUACCGCUAGCAAGGGCCUGGGAGCACUAGGUGGGCAGGACCUGAGCCCACAGGACUCACACACAGACUUCCCCACCUCUAGACCUGGGGAUGGAAUCUGUGCUCCAACCUAGACCAGACCUGUAGGGAUAGGUUUCAGAGACAGAUACAGAGGAAUCUUGGGGAGGGGAGAGGAAUGGACGUAUGAGUAGCUACGUCUGUCCAAUAAUAGAGGUGCCCUGCUCCCUAAAGUAACCGACUCCCUAAUUCCCUCCAAAUCAAGGGGGGCGGGUGCUUACCCAGAUAGCCUUUUCUAUACUGGCCUCAGUGUGCCACAAAAUGGUAAAAUAAGGGAUUUUGUUUCUGUAGGAACUGUAGAAAAUCAGGAAGCCUCCUAAAGCACUUGAUAGCUUUUUUUUUUAAUGUGUUUUUAUUGAUUUUUAGAGAGAGAGGAAUGGAGAAGGGAUGGUGAGAUAG